AGGCAGUUGCCCAUCUGUUGGAUAAACCUGAAUUAAACAUGUUGAAGAGAAAACCAUCCAACGUGUCUGAUAAGGAGAAGACUCAAAAGCCGAAGCGCACAAGCAGUUUUGGAAGCUUUGACCGUUUCAGACAUUACUCGAUAUCAAAGGCAGAUGACUCAGCUGAGAUACCUGAGUUGGAGACUAUAAGUGAUGUUGGAGAUGCAGCACAAAUUAAAGCAGCAAGUAAUGGAGGAAGCUUGGGUAAGAAGAUGAGAGCCAUUUCCCUUACCAUGAAGAAAAAGAUGGGUAAAAAGUACAUCAAGGCACUCUCUGAGGAGAUGACUGAAGAAGGAAAAGAUGAUGGUGAUCCUGGUGGUGGAAUACACGCAGAGAAGGUCCCCCUAAAAAACAGUGACUCUAUGGACAGUCUCUACAGCCUGAAUAGUGGCCAAAGCUCAUCUAGUGGGGUCACUAGCUGCUCUGAUGGAACCAGCAACAGAGAUAGCCUGAGGUUUGAUGAUGAAGUCCCUUACACUGGGCCGUUCUGUGGCCGAGCCAAAGUGCACACUGACUUCACACCAAGUCCCUAUGACACCGACUCUCUGAAAAUUAAGAAAGGAGAUAUUAUAGACAUCAUCUGUAAAACCCCUAUGGGCAUCUGGACAGGCAUGCUCAACAACAAAGUAGGAAACUUUAAGUUCAUUUAUGUGGAUAUUAUUUUGGAAGAGGAAACUGCACCCAGAAAGAUAAAGCCACACAGAGGAAGCAAAAGGACCAAGCCCAAAACUUUGCAAGAACUCUUGGAAUGUGUCCAUCUGCAGGAUUAUGCCUCAACCCUCUUGCUAAAUGGCUACGAAAAUCUAGAGGACUUAAAGGAGCUACAGGAGAGCCAUCUGAUUGAAUUAAAUAUUUCAAACCCAGAAGACAGGGCAAGAUUAUUAUCAGCAAUUGAAAAUCUACAGGACUAUGACACUGAACAACAGCAUGAAAGUGAAGGUGGUCAAGAGUCCGGGAGCUUAAGUCCUCACCACAGCUUUGACAAAUCGCAGUUAAAUGACUGUCCGAGAGAUUCUGGCUGUUACAUCUCAUCAGAAAAUUCAGAUAAUGGUAAAGAAGAAGUAGAUCCAGAAACCCUGUCUGACCUGGUACAGUCAGUAGUGAUCACUGAGUCAAACUGAUCCCAUCCCAGUCUGCUUUUCUGCAGAUUUUCAGAAAGGAUGAUCAGAUAAGUUAAGGUGCUGAUGUGACAACACAGAAGCAGAGCACAAAAUAUUCUCAACACCAAAAAUCUGCUUCCCUCUGAAGUAUGAUGCUCUAGACUGUUUAAAAUGUGGACAUUGGAUAGCUAAAUCUUAGUUGAUAAUAAGAAUAUCUCAUGCUUUUCUUUUUAAAGAAUCCACAGAUGUUUGAUUGCAAACAUUUUUUAUCUAUAUAUUUAUAUUUGUACAGCAAAUGCAUUUUUUAUAAUAAUGGGGUGUUAGGUAGUGGUAGAUAAUCAGGACAUGUUCAUUUCUGAACCAGUCCAAAAUGUUGUAAAUAUUGUACAUCUUUGUUAUUUUAAAAAGGUAAAGAUAAACCACACUGUCUUUAUUUUCAGACAUGUUUCACUGGUAUUUGUACAGAACAUAUUUUCAUUAAUAUCGUAAUAAAAAGGUAGAUACAUUCAUGUCCUACUUUGGAAAGUACCACGCUAAUUCUCAUUAAUAUUAAAGCUGUUUCAUACUGUUCUUCUCCAAAAUGAGCUCUAAAGCAGACAAGUCUUCUACACUGUGUCCUAAAGAUACAAAAGGACUUCAGCGUGAAUCUGAAUUAAACUCUACAUGUUCAAUAUCUUUUAGAAGUAUCUAGCCAUCUGAAUUUCUUAUACACUGGCCAUUUCUGUACUGUUACUUUCACAACUGUUCUCAUUCUUUCCAAACAUUGCAAAAAUAAUGCAAGCUUGGAGCAAAAGACUAGUAUCAAUGCUAUGCUUUUAUGAUUAUUUUUUGUGAAUCUCUUGCCUUUUGUGUGUUGUGUGAAAUUUGUUAAUAGAAAUACUUGUUUGUGAACAAAUCACAGAAACUAAUAGGGUUCUUGUACAUUAUUGUCUUUCAUAUGAGAGUUAAUUGUCAUUUCUCGGCAUAUUUUGCACUGGAAUACACACUGUAUCUGCCUGUCUUCUUUUAAAGUACUUCCUUUGAAAAUAAAUAGAAUCAUGUGUUU